AUGAAGACAUGUAGGUUUAUUAUCUCAAGAGAGGAGCCUAGUAACCUCAAUAUAUUUAGAGUAGAUGAAGACACUAACGAAACAAUCGAGAGUUGGGCUUAUCUACAAGACCUCGAGAUUGCCUAUUGCCGGGAUUUUAUAUGUUGCAAUAACUACUUCUUCAACUUGCACGACUUGAUGUACCAUUGUGAGGAAUGCCAUGCAGUCAAAGAUAAUAUUCCAGAGACAUCAGAAAAUAUGCAAAUUUACAGCUCGCAAUCGGCCUAUACUACACACAGUAUCUCAAACAAAGAUCUCACAGUUCUGGAGAACGCACAGGCAUAUCCAAACCUAAUGCAUGAGACCACACAAACUAUGAACAACAUGCCUGAUUUGCUUUCGAAUAGUUCAUCUUAUACAUUAUCAGAUGAUAGUAGCGUAGCUAGUGAAAAAAGUGGUGGACCUGAUAGUCCGCAAAAGAGACCAGUUUAUGAAACACAAAAAUACACCAAUAUUUAUUGGUGGAAGGAUUAUCUACAAAACAAAGAAGAAGUUACCCGAGCUUGGAUUCAAGGGUUUGAUGAGACUUGUUGUGGAAGCGAUCAGUGUAAGCCUCAAGUUGAAAAGCCAUACAAGUGCAAUGCCUCUGCUUGUGGAAAAGCAUAUAAAAACGCUAAUGGACUCAAGUACCACAAGCUCCAUGGUCAUUGUAUCGAAAAACUAGAGAACCGAUUGGACCAUAUAGCAGAAAGACCUUAUGGCUGUACAGUUGGAAGGUGUACUAAACGCUACAAAAAUAUGAAUGGGCUAAAAUAUCACAUACUUCAUACACACAUUCCUUCAUCUGUUAUUCAUAAUAGAAAAAACUUAUAA